AUCACAUCUUUUCUAUCUCAAAUACCCAAAAACAUAACGCACGAAACCAAAGCCACAAAACCAGAGCGCAACAGAGCAAUAUAGCCAGUUGCAACUCUCUCUCUCUCUCUCUAAAACUCUUGUUCUGUAAUGGGUUGUUGGCGCAAAAAUCAAAGCUUGUUAUAGCUUUUUUUUGCUUGUUUUAAUUUUUUGUUAUUUGCUUAGAAACCCUUCGCCGGAAAAAAAUGUCUGGGUUCUCCGGCGGAUCUCCGGACUUCUACACAGCAAAUGGGUACACCGGAAGAUCUAUGGGUAUGAACAAUCCACAAGGUUCGUACCCAAUUUCCUCGGCUUCUCAGAUCCUUCAUCGCCGACACGAAUUGAUCGGCAAACGAUCACUGGCCGAGUUCCAAUCCCAUCAACAACAACAACAACAAUUGGGGCUUUAUCUCCGAAACGUGAAGCCUCGUACUUACCAACAUGCCUCUCCGAUCUCUCCUCUCUCCCCGGUAGAUUUCUCAGCCUCAAUUUCCCCAAAUGUUUCCUCAAUUUCUUCAAUUCUUCAACAACUCCGACCCCAACCCAUCAUUCCUCCUAGUUUGUUACCCCAUCGAUUCAUAAAGCAAGAACAAUCGGAGAAAACGAUGAUGAAUCGCCUUCAAGAGCUCGAAAAACAGCUCUUAGACGACAACGACGACGACGAAGCCGACACUGUGUCUGUAAUAACAAACAGCGCGUGGUCUGAAACCAUUCAGAGCCUGAUUUCGCCUUCUCCGACUUCAUCGUCGUCUUCGGCUUCGGUUUCGGCGCCGCCUAUUUGUCCGAAACAGACCGUAAUCGAGGUCGCAUCUGCGAUCUCCGAAGGAAAAACAGAGGCUGCGUCGGAGAUUCUAAGCCGACUGAACCAAGUCGCGAACGUGAGAGGAAAUUCGGAGCAGAGAUUGUCGGCGUACAUGUUGUUCGCUCUGCGAUCGAAAUUGAACCCAUUACAGUACUCACCACCAGUCUCGGAGCUUUACAGUAAAGAACACGCGUCCUCAACCCAGUUGUUAUACGAAGCCUCGCCGUGUUUCAAGCUGGGUUUCAUGGCGGCGAACCUCGCAAUCCUCGAAGCGACAACAAACGCAGAAAAAAAGCUUCACGUCGUCGAUUUCGAGAUCGGACAAGGAGACCAGUACAUACAUUUGAUUCACGCGCUGUCAAAAAAAACCAGCACGCCGCCGUUUUUGAAGAUCACAACGUUUGCAGAUUUUUACGGCGGCGGCGAAGAAGAAGAGAGGUUGAGAAGCGUCGGAGAUGGAUUGAUAGCUUUGGCUAACAAAGUCGGAGUUUGCUUGAAUUUCAAUGUCUUGUCUCUCAAAAUCACUGAUCUGAGCUUAGAAACAUUGGGCGUGGAAAGCAAUGAAGUUUUGGCUGUGAAUUUAGCUUUUCGGCUUUACAAAUUACCCGAUGAGAGCGUGACCACGGAGAACCUCCGUGACGAGUUGCUCCGCCGCGUGAAGGGGCUGUUUCCGGCGGUGGUGACGGUGGUGGAGCAGGAAAUGAACUCUAAUACGGCGCCGUUUGUGGCGAGGGUGACGGAGGUUUAUGGGUACUAUAGCGCUCUGUUUGACUCGGUGGACGCGACGGUGAGUAGGGAGACCUCGGAACGAGUCAGAAUCGAGGAGGGACUGAGUCGGAAAAUGGCGAACUCGGUUGCGUGUGAAGGGAGGGACCGCGUUGAAAGAUGCGAGGUGUUUGGGAAGUGGCGGGCCCGAAUGGGAAUGGCCGGGUUCGAGCCCAAACCGCUGAGUCAACACGUGGCGGACUCGCUGUUAGCUCGGGUUAACUCGGGGACACGUGGCAAUCCGGGUUUUACCGUGAAAGAAGAAAACGGAGGGGUUUGGUUUGGUUGGAUGGGACGCACACUCACUGUCGCAUCUGCUUGGCGUUAAUUAAUUAUCUCUCUCUCCCCAUCUUUCUCUCACUUUUUCUCUUGAAAACAUUAAUUGUAAUAUUGUUUUUGAGAUAUUUAUGAAAAAAAAAUUUAAAUGAAAAUGAAAUGGCAACCAAACAAAGAAAUAAAAAAAGUAAUGUUUGGUUAUUGGGAAAAUUUUAUUA